CUAUCUGACGAUGGAUCUAUUCCGCAGAGGAGAGCUGGGGCUGCUGGGAGGAGGGGAGGGGCUAAGGGAGGAUGUGGGCGUGUCCGGGAUCAGCUGGACGGCUAAUCGUCUGCCGGACGACAUGUACCCGGCGUCGGGAUUGGCUCUGGCCGCCGCCUACCACGACAUCAAGACGAGGCUGGCCAGUCUGGAGAGAGAGAACAGCAGCAUCAAGAGGAAGCUCAAACACUACGAGUUUCCUGUGAUGAGCGAAUUUGGAGAUGAGAGGAUAAUGUGCCGUUCCUGUGAGCCAAUCAUCAAGGACACCAGCAUCAUCCAAUCAGAGACCACCAACCUGCAGCAGAGGGUCAACUCGCUCACUCAGGAGCUCCAGAAGAGUAAAGAGAGAGAGGAGAGGCUGGAGGAAGUCAUCCAGGCGUACGAGAAGAUUCACCUGGAGAAGAGCAACGUUCAGAGAGACCUGGACAAGAUGACGACCCUCGCGGAGCAGCAUGUGGAGCAGAUCCACGGUCUGGAGUCGGCGCUCAGGCUGAGGGAAACGUCCCUGCAGAAGCUGAGCGCUCAGCUGCACAGCAAAGACUUUCAACAGGCUCAACGCCACGUCGGCCUGGACGUACCCCGAGAGGGACGCGGGCCGACGCUGCAGAGCUCUCGCAGCCUGGACGCUCUCUCGGACCUGAAGCUGCAGCGGCUGGAGGCGGAGCUCGAGGGGGCGCGGCACCAGGCGGAUGGCGCCUGUAAGAGGGAGAAGGAGCUGAGGGCGGAGCUUCAGAGGCUGCAGCUGGAGGUCGCUCAGCUACGGAAAGCACAGAGACAGUCUCAGGAGUCGCACUGUGAGCACUGUGAUGUAGAGUGGAUAAAGAAAGCCGGAGACGAACAGGUGAACCUCGCGUUAGCCUACACCGAGCUAACAGAGGAGCUGGGACGGAUCAGAAAUCUGGCCGUGAAACAGACCGACCUCCUGCAGCAAGUCUCACAGGAGCCGGUCUCUCGUCCUCCUCCUGCUCCUCAGCGUCUCUCCCCCACCUCCCCCCAGCGCCCCUCUCUUUCCCCCGAUAGGCUCCUCCCCACCCCGUCUCCUCCUCUGUCCCCAAACGACGGCCCCGCCUCCUAUUCCCAUCAGCCAACCAGCAGCCGCCUACGAGCAAAGUUCCAGGGUCGCCGUAGUUACUCUGAGGUAUCCGACCCAUCAGCGGUCCAGAGGCCUCAGGCUCGCCUGCUGAGGGACCCGGUCUCCACCCUCCCCAAACCACGCUCCCUCCUCGGGGAGACGCAGGGCUACGGCCAAACUAAAAGUCAGCUCCGGGCGUCUCUGAUGGGACUGGUCCGACCCGCCUCGGCUCAUGGAGCUGGGGGCGAGCGAGGCGGAGAGAGAGGAGGGGGAGGAGAGAGAGGAGGGGGCAGCAGUCUGAGCAGCAGUCCUCAUCACUGCGCUCUGGACCUGGGCUUCCCUCUGAACGCUGAGGUUCAUCACUUCCGUCACCAUGACAACACGCCUGAGCCAACCCCCCUGGUGACCCCCCCACAGUCCUCUGACGAUGAAGAGGAUGUGUGUCCGUAUCUGUCGCCGGCUGCCAGCCCGCCCCGGACGCUUGGCGCCGUCGGGAUCGGCUCGUCGUCACCCAGGGAGCAGCCUCUACACCCGUCUUUCCCGUCUCCUAGGAAACAGCCCCACCACCCCUCCUUCUCGGCCCCCGAGGGUCCUGCCACCCUCUCCUGCCAUCUGCCUCCCUACAUGAACACUGAGCAUGCUCAGUCGUGGCCCUCCAUCAACUUAUGGAUGGAGUCUGAAGAGAGCGCCGUCCGAAGCUGCCCCCUGUGUCAGCUGACCUUCCCCACCGGUUACCCUGACGACGCCCUGAUCAAACACAUCGACUCUCACCUGGAAAACAGCAAAAUCUGAUCUGUGUUAUCGAGCACUGCUUCCAUUGUUCGACUGUUUUCGAGGAGGAUUAAUCCGGGGGGAUAAAUCGGAGGAUUUGGACCCUCGCCUGUACGACCUCCGUCUUCUUGUUGCGGAGGUCACACGCCUUGCUCAUGGGAAACUUCCCUCUGACUUUCAAUACAUCAGUUUUUAAAUUUGAACCACUUAUGGAACGAGUUUUUCUUCCCUCCAGCUGAAGUGUUGAAAAAGGAAGUAACAUCGGCCGACGUCACUGAACAUAUCGACAAGUAACCAUCAAAUGAAAUCUUUUCUCUUUUAACUGAAAAAUUUUAAAAGACAAAGAGAUAAAAAAAGGAAGAAAAGAGGGUUUUUAUCCCUGACGUUCACUGAUGCAGAAACGUCUGAACGGGUCUGAGAAACACCAGGAAGCCCCGCCUCUCGCCUCACAUUUCAGCCAAUAAAAAGACAAUUUCAAGAUUAUUGGAACUCCAAUGAACUCCUGUGAGGUGAACGUGGUUCAAAGGUCGAGAAAAUCUGAGAGUGAUCGUAAGAAUAAUGAAUUAUUAUACAAGAAAAAAAAAACUAUUCUCACAAUAUCUGAAGGACUUUUUUAAUCUUCAUGUUAUUUUAUGUUUGAUCAUGAAAUCAUCUCUGUUUAGAGUUUUAUAAGUCCUCUUUAUUUCUUAUUUUGAUUUACUCCUGAAAUAUUAUGCCUUUAUUAUGAAAUCAACCCUGAUAGUUAAAUAAUGCAAACUGAUGUAUUUAUAAUAACGACAAACUUUCUCAUCAUUAUGAGAGAAUUUUAAAUGCAUCCAAUAAAAGAUGGGGAUGCAACAGAGGAGAUUUAGGAACACAAGAGGAGGAGGAACUUUUUCCCCCUUUUGCUUCAAGAGAAGAAGGUUAAAAAUGUGCAGGAUAAAAAGAGGAACAUUCAGUGUGAGUGCAUGGAGUAAGAAGAUAUAAAUCAUAAGAAGAAGUUUGACGUUUCUACUUUGUUCUCGAAAUGCGACAAAAAAAAGAUGGGUAACAUUUUGUGUGAAGGGCUCAGAUACACUUUCUUUUGAACCAAGCGUACGCGUUCAUGUUCAUGUGUUACUGGAGGAUUCCUCUAGACCAGGGGUGGGCAAC